AUACUAAUCUUACACAACUCACAAAUAAAUAUAUAGAGAAAUAGGAGGCAAUACAUAGCGUAACAAACAAAAGCAACAAAGAAUCCUUUCCUCACAUAAGCAAGAUACCAAAAAAUAUCCUAAUCCAACAAAACUCAAACAAAACAAGCAAGAAUGAUGUUCGAAAAGCUCACACCUCCCUCGCUCCGCAGCUAAUUCAAAAAUACCAAUCUCUAUUUAGGAAUUUUGGAUUGUGGUGGAUUCUAAGAAAGUGCUCUACUAAUGGAAGAAGGGAGGAUGGCAUCCACUUCACAUUCGAUGAGAAGUGGUGAUAAAAGAAAGAGGAAGCUGACAGAGUUGAAGGACGCAAUAAAUGAAACUCCAGACAAGAAACUCGACAAUAAUGGAAGAAUGGCUGACGUUGAAGAUGCCCGGUUGGAGUUCCGGUCGUACCCGGAUGAUGCAUGGUACACUGUUCGGGUUCUGGUGGAAGGGGAUUACAGUGACGUUCUAAGAAUCAAGUACUGCAAUUUCCCUGAUGAUGGGGACAGCAUUUUCCGAACAGCUGAGUUCAAGGACCAAGAUCAUUUUAAAGACUUCGCUUCUAGGUUUAGACCCGUAUCUUCUCAGCUUCAAGACUCUGAGUGCUCCCUGGUUGCCCGGGGUUUGCUUGUGUCCGCUUCACAUCACUUCAAGACUGAUGACAUUCGCUUCUACGACGCAAUUGUUGAAGAGGUGGAUCAUUGUGAACAUUCUUUUGCAAAUGGAGAAGAAGAGUGUUUGUGCUCUUUUAUUCUAUCCUGGCUACAUGGUCCAUUGGCUGGAUACAUUACUGCUGAAAGACUUGAACAAAUUUGCAGAGUUCAUCAUAGGGACGAAAUAGAUUCGGUUGUAGCUUCUUUUUUAAGUAAGGUGAAGGCGAAACUCAAAACUGGUUCUUGCAGAUCUAAUCAUCAAGUCACCAGAGGUGUCACUCACAAUAAUCAUGGGGAACCCCCAAUGAUGAAAAUUUCACACAAUCUUAGUUUUUCUCACCAUUUAAAGCAGGAAACAAAGUUCACCAAGUGGAUUUUGAGUGAUACCUUGUUAUCCAAAUGGGCUAUUGGUCGUCCUUGUGAAAAGACUGGGCAAGACAUUGACAUUGGAGGAGUCAAAAACUAUUUGAUUUUUGUUGAUAACAUUGACAAAGACUUGACCCAUAUCGAAAUCAUGGAGUUCAUAAAGGAAAAGGUGUCGGUCGCAUCUCAAGCGUUUCUUUUUCCUAGUUUGUCAUCAGAUGUUUGUACUCGAGUCUGUAUUAUGUUGGAUACCCAAAGUCACUUUGAGAAGUUAUGUAACUUUCUGAGUAAUCCAGAUCAUAUUAUUGUGUCUUUAAGUGGGAGGCCAUGGGUAAUGACCGAAACAAUGAAAGUGAAUGAUUCUCUUCGAGCUUCAAUACUAAGCCUCUCACUUUUAUCUCAGGAAAGGAAAAGGAACAAUGGAAGUAGAGAUGAAUUGAAGGUUGUCCAUUCAGGAAGUGAUGAAUACAGGUUAGCUAAGCAUCUAAGCAAUUUGUACAAGGACCUUUCUAAUCAAGAGAAGAGACUGCAGAAGAGGUUGAUUGUUGAAAGUUAAAGUGUUUCCUUGCUGUGCAUAACAAAUCAAUAGGAACUCGACAGUAACAAACUAGAUAUGGAUAGCUUAACAAUGACUCGACUUCAAAGCCUAAUUGCAGUGGAACCAAGUACCGGAAAAUAUUACAUGCUCCCCUUGGAACACUGGUACAAAUAUGAGGAGAGUUCCAUCAAGAAGUAUUUGGGAGAUUAGACAAAGCAGUUAGUAUGUUGUUUUGUUUUGUUGAGAUGAGAAUAAAACAAAGCAUGUGUAAAUAUUCUUCCUUUUUUUCUUUGUGUAUUAAAAACAAUGACUUUAACAUGAGACAUAAAGGCAAAAUAUGUAGUAUUUACAAUCUGUAUCUACUAAAUUAACUUAGGUAACAAUUGAACAACA